GUUUCCUCAUGUAUCAUUACCAUCAUCCCAUGGACUGACUUGUUUAUUGUCGGGCAAGAUGGAGUUCCUUUUGGGAAAUCCUUUCACUACCCCUGUGGGGCAUUGUAUUGAAAGAGCCACCGAUGGCUCCCUGCAAAGUGAUGACUGGACCCUCAACAUGGAAAUAUGUGAUAUCAUCAAUGAAACAGAGGAUGGGCCAAAAGAUGCCAUUAGAGCAGUCAAGAAGAGACUCAAUGGCAACAAGAACUACAGAGAAGUGAUGCUGACUUUAACAGUUCUCGAGACGUGCGUGAAGAACUGCGGCCAUCGUUUUCACGCUUUAGCAACGAGCAGAGACUUUGUUGACGGCGUGCUCGUUAAGAUAAUCUCUCCUAAAAACAACCCCCCCACCAUCGUUCAAGAUAAAGUACUCGCCUUGAUUCAGAUUUGCCGGCUACGCAGCGAGUUGGACGUUGUUCGUGGCAACACUAAGGUGAUGUCCGAGAUGCUGACUGAAAUGGUGCCAGGACAGGAGGAUUCUUCAGACUAUGAGUUACUACAGGAGCUGAACCGGACCUGCAGAGCCAUGCAGCAGCGGAUAGUGGAGCUCAUCUCCUGCGUUUCUAACGAGGCAGUGACCGAGGAGCUGCUGCACGUAAACGACGACCUCAACAACAUUUUCCUUCGCUACGAUAGGUAUGAAAGGUUUAGAUCUGGGAGGUCCUCAGCUCAGAGUGUGAACAAUGGGCUGAAACAGGUCCUCAGCGAGGCUACAGAAGACAACCUCAUCGACCUGGGUCCAGGCUCCCCAGCGGUGGUCAGUAACAUGCCCCACACAACUCCAAMCAGUUUGCCCCCCACCCUGACAGCACCUACAGGAGGACCCUCCUCCCCGGCCACUUUGUCCUCCCGCCUGGCUGGUUUAGAUGUGGGUGCAGACAGCGUGAGCAGCACCCUGAGCUCUCUCAGCAGCGUCAAACCCCCGCCUGCACAGGACGACUUCGACGUGUUCGCUCAGACCAGAACCGGAGCCAUAACUGAACCACAGAAGACUACCACAGACAGUCGCACUGCUGCUGGGCCCCCUCCCACUCUGGAUGUCCUACAACAAACUGCAGUAGGGGGCGCCGGGCGUCAGUCCUCUGUCAUGGAUGACAUAGAGGAGUGGCUGUGUACUGAUGUGAAAGGGGAUGAAGGUGAGGAAGGUGUCACCAGUGAAGAGUUUGAUAAGUUCCUGGAAGAGCGAGCCAAAGCUGCCGAGACAACUCCCAGCCUACCAUCGCCCCCGAGUGGCAACCCGGGCGCAGCGCCGGCACAGGGAACCCCCAGCAGGAAGAAGCCGGAAAGACCAGAGGAUGCUCUGUUUGCCAUGUAGACCCCCACUGACCUCCGACCUCUCRUCCCCAGCCUUAGACCCGACCAGCCGAGGCCAGACUCACCUGUGUUCCACCUCAUCCCGACACUACAUUCAAUUUUUUUCAAACACGCUUUUUUUUUUUUUAAUAACGCCAGCUCUCACCUCACCAGUGAGUUCUGCUUUCUGAGGGAAAAGAUUUCCYCUUCAGCCUGUCGUGGACUGCAGAGCUUCAUGUUGCAGCUAAUCCUCAAGAAAAUAAUUAGUUUUAUUAAAAAAAGAGGACUUUUUGUCAURAAUAGGAACUUACCAACCUGUAGAAUUCCUUAAAUCACCACCAGGCUCAACAGUAUUUCUAGUUUUCCCUGAAUAUUCUGCUCAUAAUUACCAGACGUGGCUCUUGUUUUGGUAUUUGUCUCAGUCUCUUUGCAAACUUGUCCAAGUGGAUUUGUAAAUCUGUAAAUGGCAAAUGUCAGUUUAUUAGUUUGGUGUACAUUUAAGCUGCGUAUAUGACUGGGGGGAAAUGAAGUAAUUUAAUGUAGAUUUCUUUGGAAAGAGUUUAUGUUUGCUGUAAAGACGUUACCUCACCGGGGUCAGAGAAAAUGGGGGGAUGGAUCCACAAGAAUACCUGCAAACAAAGGGAUUUAUUUUCUCACACACUUCACCGACAAAUGUAAAAAAAAAAAAAAACAAAUCUGCUUUUUGUGGAAUCUCAGAUGCUUGACACAAGAUUUAUUGAGAUUAUUUUGCUGAGUUUUAUUCAACUGAAGCUGCUAUCGUUGGUUAGAAUCCAUCAGCUGUCGAGACAUUACCAUUCAUAUCUUUAUGCUGAACGCAGAUGCUCAAUUUAACGAUAUAAAAUGAAUGAGCUCGCAGGAGGUUUUUAUUAGGAGCUGAAGUCGACUGUGCUGUAUGUUUUGUCCUACAAUUGUGCUUCAAGGACCAAAUCUGUUUUUUUUUUUUUUUUUUUUUUUUUUUUUUUUUUUUUUUGUCUUUAAAAUUCGAUCGUCAAAAUGAUUGUUCUUAAUUUCAGAAUYCACGGCUCUUACGUUUGGGUUUGAAUGAGAGUUUAGUGUGACACUACAAGAACAGUUUGCACGUUUCUACAUCAUUUUUUUUUUUUUUUUUACUGACAUCAUAAAAGGCCUGACCUUUCUGAAUGACAUUUGUUUCCCUGAAAUGAGCUCAACUCAGACGCGGUGCGACAAAUGAGACAUUUUUAAUCUUGGUAAAUGCAACAUGUUACACGAGCACAACAAGCUUCAAACAAGCUGCUUUUUACCUUCAGACAUGUUCUGCACAUCCGCUAACACCAGAGCGCUAAAAGAAAUGUAGAAAUAAUUUAUUCAGCACUGUUUUGUUGUUCUGAUCAGUAUUUUAACAGCCUUUUUUUUUCUGAAUGAGAAGUUGUCAGUAUGCAUGUAGUUUAAGGAUGUAGUUUAUGGUGUUAAGGAUUUUUUUUAAUGUCAAAUUUAUGUGUGUAUUUGUCCUGUGCAAAAGCAAAUAUGGCUUCUAAAAGCAGUUCAUCACUGGAUGAUCACUUUUAUUUAUCUCUCAGAGAAUACAGAUUUCAGUAAAUGUUAUUUCUUUUUGUUUUUGAAGUUCUUAGACCGACCAGUGCAAUAGUGUGAUCAGACAUUAAAAACUUACACAAGAUCCCCACUUGAUGAAUUUAUCAUAUUGCACAUUUUGAAUUAUGAAAAUGUCUUUUUUUUUUCCCCUGAAAUUUGUUUCUUUGUGUUGGUGUUAAAGCAGAAUCGUCUUAUCUCAGAUGGAAAAUGAAGUUUCUACGUGUGUGUUUUCAAAAUGCAUCAGUGUGUUUGUCAUCUCAGAACCAGUUUUGCAGGAAAAGAAAAAAAAAAMCAAUAGAUUUUGUGUUUGUAGGGUUUAUCAACAGAAAAACUGAGAAGGGAAGCUGUGGCUGCUGACUCUCCUGCGUUGCCUCAUCUUUUGUUUCUCUUUGUGUUGUUUGACUUCUGCAUGAACUCUUAAUAAAGAUUAACAGUGUGAUCUGCA